AUCUGUUUUUUGGGUUUAGAGUUGAUAGUUGAAAAACCGCACUCACUAUUAUUUUCAAUAUUUUUAAAGGAGAAACAGUAUUAAUUACUCUAAUAUCCUAUCAUCCCGCCAUUCAAGAUUUUAGAUUUAAGAUCCUUCGCUUCCAUUUUUAAACUCAUUUACAUAGAAGUACAAUUUACAGGAUGAAUCUACAAGUCUGAUAAAGGGAAAAUAAGCCUUUUCUAUUUUAGGGUGACUACGUGGUGAGCUCCGAUUCGACUUGGUUUAUAGGAAACAGCUUCAAACUGUAAUGCCAUGGAACAAAAUCAACAGGCUGCUAAAGAUGAGGAGAAGGCUACUGUUAAGAAAGUUCCAUUUUACAAGCUGUUUUCCUUUGCUGAUUCUACUGACAAGUUGUUGAUGACCAUUGGCUCUAUUGCUGCUAUUGGUAAUGGUGUUAGUAUGCCCCUCAUGAUCAUUGUUUUUGGUGAUUUGGUUGAUGCUUUUGGACAAAAUCAAAGCCCUGAACACAUCGUUCAUGUUGUAUCUAAGGUGUGUCUGAAAUUCGUCUACUUGGCUAUAGGAGUAGCCGUUGCUGCUUUUCUUCAGGUGGCUUGUUGGAUGGUCACAGGAGAACGACAGGCUGCAAGAAUCAGGAACUUGUACCUCAAAACUAUUCUCCGACAAGAUAUCUCCUUUUUCGACAAAGAAACAAAUACUGGAGAAGUCGUUGGAAGGAUGUCUGGUGAUACCGUUCUCAUACAAGAUGCUAUAGGUGAAAAGGUUGGGAAGUGUCAACAAAUGGGAGCGACAUUCGUUGCCGGUUUUGUGAUUGCGUUUACCAAAGGGUGGCUUCUUACUCUUGUUAUGUUAUCCUCCAUACCCCUUCUAUUGAUUGCGGGUGCUCUCAUGACCAUUACCUUAUCGAAGAUGGCAACACGAGGCCAAGCUGCUUAUGCUAAGGCGGCUAUUGUUGUAGAACAAACAAUCGGUUCAAUUAGAACUGUGGUAUCAUUUACCGGAGAAAAGCAAGCGAUUGCUAACUACAAAAAAGAGAUUGCAAGUGCCUAUAAAUCAGGUGUACUUGAAGGAGUGGCUUCAGGGGCGGGGAUGGGUGUAUUUACACUCGUUAUCUUUGCUAGUUAUGGUUUAGCCAUAUGGUAUGGAUCAAGGUUGAUUCUUGAGAAAAAUUACACCGGGGGUACUGUCUUAAUCGUCCUUUUUUCUGUCGUGUUUGGAUCCAUGUCACUAGGGCAGGCAUCACCCUCGUUUAGUGCAUUUGCCGCGGGCCAAGCCGCGGCCUACAAGAUGUUUGAGACCAUCAAUAGAAAAUCGGAUAUUGAUCCUUACGACCCGAAUGGAAAAGUAUUAGAUGAUAUUCACGGAGAUAUCGAGUUAAAGGAUGUUUUUUUUAGUUACCCGAGCAGACCAGAAGAACAAAUUUUUCGAGAAUUUUCUCUUUGUAUCUCAAGUGGCACAACCGCAGCAUUGGUCGGACAAAGUGGGAGCGGGAAAUCGACAGUGAUCAGCCUUAUCGAGAGGUUUUAUGAUCCACAAGCCGGACUAGUGCUAAUCGAUGGGAUCAACCUUAAAGAAUUUCAGCUGAGAUGGAUCAGGCAAAAAAUUGGCCUAGUAAGUCAAGAACCUGUGUUAUUUGCUUCAUCAAUAAAAGAAAAUAUUGCAUAUGGGAAGGAUGAUGCUACACUUGAAGAGAUUAAAGCAGCAGCAGAGCUCGCAAAUGCUGCUAAGUUCAUCGAUAAAUUACCUCAGGGGUUAGAUACCUUAGUUGGUGAGCAUGGAACUCAACUAUCUGGAGGACAGAAGCAAAGGGUGGCCAUCGCGAGAGCAAUUUUAAAAAAUCCGCGGAUUUUACUUCUCGAUGAAGCUACAAGUGCGCUUGAUGCAGAAUCCGAGAAGAUUGUGCAAGAAGCAUUAGACAGAAUAAUGGUAAACCGAACAACUGUCAUUGUUGCUCAUCGAUUAAGUACUGUGAGGAAUGCCGAUUUGAUAGCAGUCAUUCAUCAAGGAAAGGUGGUUGAGAAAGGUUCUCACACUGAACUAUUAAAAGAUCCAGAAGGAGCCUACACUCAGCUCAUAAAACUACAAGAAAUCCGAAAAGAAUCUGAACAAAUCGAGGACACUAGCGAGAUUUCACGACACUCUAGUCUAAGAAAAUCGUCCGUGCGAUCACUAAGUCAUGGCUCGUCAGGUAGAAUAAGUAGCAGUCGACAUUCUUUCACACUGGCAGAACCCAAAGGUAACCCAACGGAUGAAUUACCAUCUCAAGAAAAACCGGAGGUUUCAAUUUGGCGUCUUGCAGCCCUAAACAAACCAGAAAUUCCCUCACUUCUUCUAGGAUCAUUAUCUGCUUGUGCAAAUGGUCUAAUAUUCCCAAUUGUCAGUAUAAUAUUUUCUAGUGCUAUAAAAAUGUUUUACCAACCACCCCAUAUACUAAAAAAGGAUUCAAAAUUUUGGGCUUUAAUGUUCUUAAUCAUUGGUAUAGCAUCAUUUGUGACACAACCUCUUCAAUUCUUUUUUUUUGCCGUUGCUGGGUGUAAGUUGAUACAACGUAUUAGAUCAAUGUGUUUCGAGAAAGCUAUUUAUAUGGAGGUUGGUUGGUUUGAUGAGCCUGAUCAUUCUAGUGGUGCGAUUGGCGCAAGGCUAUCUGCUGAUGCAUCGAUUGUACGUGCUUUGGUUGGAGAUACGCUUGGUUUGACUGCUCAAAAUAUUGCUACUGCUGUUGCUGGUUUGGUGAUUGCUUUUACUGCUAAUUGGAUAUUAGCAUUGAUUAUUCUUGGGUUGAUACCGUUUAUAGGGUUAAAUGGUUAUGUUCAAGUGAAGUUUUUGACAGGGUUUAGUGCAGAUGCUAAGAAGAAGUAUGAAGAGGCUAGUCAAGUAGCUAAUGACGCAGUUGCUAGCAUAAGAACCGUUGCUUCAUUUUGUGCCGAAGACAAGGUGAUGCAACUAUAUGAAAAGAAAUGUGAAGCUCCUAUUCAAGCUGGUGUAAAACAAGGAGUGGUUAGUGGUGUAGGUUUUGGUAUGUCCUUUGCUUUGCUUUUUUGUGUAUAUGCUGGAAGUUUCUAUGCUGGAGCUCAGCUUGUUGCUCACGAGAAGACAACAUUUGGUGACGUUUUUAAGGUAUUCUUUGCAUUGGCUUUCUCUGCAAUAGGAAUAUCACAAUCAAGCUCUUUCGUAACUGAUAGUAGCAAGUCUAAGAAUGCGGCUAGUUCUGUAUUUGCAAUCCUUGAUCGUAAAUCUAAGAUUGACUCGAGCGAUGCGUCUGGCAUGACAUUGGAUAAUGUAAAGGGUGAAAUCGUGCUUCAACAUGUAAGCUUCAAGUAUCCGAGUAGACCUGAUAUUCAGAUUUUUCGAGACCUAUGCUUAACGAUUCACUCUGGCAAGACUGUGGCGCUUGUCGGAGAAAGUGGGAGCGGAAAAUCAACAGUCAUUUCGUUGUUACAGAGAUUUUAUGAUCCAGACUCUGGUUGUAUCACACUUGAUGGAAUUGAGAUUCAGAAAUUUCAGUUGAAGUGGUUGCGACAACAAAUGGGUCUUGUAAGCCAAGAACCUGUUCUAUUUAACGACACAAUACGUGCAAACAUUGCUUAUGGAAAAGGUGGCAAUGCAACUGAGGCUGAAAUCAUAACUGCUGCUGAGCUUGCAAAUGCUCACAGCUUCAUAUCUAGCUUGCAACAUGGCUACGAUACAAUCGUGGGAGAACGAGGAGUUCAAUUGUCAGGAGGACAAAAGCAAAGGGUUGCUAUAGCCCGAGCCAUAGUAAAGGACCCAAGAAUGCUCCUAUUAGAUGAAGCUACUAGCGCGCUUGAUGCUGAAUCCGAAAAAGUUGUGCAAGAUGCACUUGAUCAAGUCAUGGUGAAUCGGACUACAGUCGUUGUUGCUCAUCGUUUAUCCACUAUCAAGAACGCGGAUGUGAUUGCUGUUGUAAAGAAAGGUGUCAUUGCUGAGAAAGGCAAGCAUGAAACAUUGAUUCGAAUUAAAGAUGGGGCAUAUGCUUCAUUGGUCGCACUUCACAUGAGUUCAUCAUCUUAAUUUCCAACUAUGUCAAAAGAAUAACUUUUUUUUGUCUUAACUUAUUGCGAGUUUUUUUUUUCUGCACUUCGCAAAAAUGAAAAGUUUUUGUACAUUACUUGUGGUAAUUCAUUAGAAUGUGUUCUUAUAAUGGGAUUAUUACUAGGGUGUGUUAGGGAAGUUCAUGUUUCUGGAGAGUGCAAAAUUUUCCCUUUAGCUUUUUUCCACAAAUAUGAUUAUUUCACUUGUUAAUUCCUCUGAUGAUUUUAUGGUGGAUUUGCUUCUAUGUACAAAAUAUGUGGUUUUUGUAAUGAAUUUUUGGUUUUAUUGUGCAUCAUACUUUUGAGAAUUA